UCCAACAACCUUCACACCCCUCCUUUUACAACACCCAACCACCCAACCUUCAACCCAAUUUCGGCUAUUUUCAAAAUCUGUUAUCAAUGGAUCCUCCUCAAUCCCCCGCCUUUGACCCGUAUGGUUUUCGUUCCCCACAAGUUCCAUCUACACGAGGAAAUGUUGAACGUCCUCUACCUAUUUACGACGACGAGGAGGUAGUGCCCGAAACUCAAAAUUUGGGUGACUAUGAAGAUGACACCGGCGACGAUGAAUAUAAUGUGGAUGAAGACGCCGGCAACGAAGAAAAUGACGCUCGGGAUAAAAAGGGAAAAAUGGAGAGCCAAAAAUGGACAAAGGUCCAAGAAGAGGCGUUGGCGAAGGCGUGGGUAAAUUGCUCUACCAACAAAAAGAAGGGCAAUCAACAAAACCGCGAUAGUUUUUUGCGUAAGAUUUUAGAUCAUUUUAACGCCACCGUUGGUGGAAGUAACCGGACCGUGCAUCAAGUACGGUCUAAAUGGGGCCCGAUGAUGACGAAAAUAAACUUUUUCAACGGCCUAUACCAACAAGCGGAUCGCACACGAGGAAGCGGGUGUAGCGAUCUCAACGUGAUGAAAGUCGCUUUAAAGGAAUUUAAAGAGAGAUAUCCGAACGGUUUUCAACAUGUCGAGGCAUGGGAGGUCGUUCGAAAACACGACAAAUGGGCCCAAGUCCCAUUGUUGGGUGAGGAAGGGGAAGGUUCGGCACAAAAAAGAAAGCCCGUUGACGUGGACCCUUUCAUACCCGAUAUGAACGAAGACCCCUCGCCACAAAGAACACAACGGCGAGACAAGCGUCAAGCGACAUCGUCCGAGCGAAGCUCGGCCGAGUUGGCGGCACAAUUCAAAGAGUACACCGCCAUAAAAGAAGCGAAGCAUGCGAUGGAAUUGGAGGCGAUUGAAUUGAGGAAGAAAAGAGAGUCGGAGGCUCGCGAGCUCAUAUCGGAACAACGCGAGACGAUGAAAAACUACAAUUACGAUCGAGAUAUGAAAACAUUCCUCAAGCCGCACGACGAUGCUCCGCCGGAAAUGUUGCCCUUCAUCCUCGCCCUAAAGCGCGACAUCGCUAACAAGUACGGGUGGCCUGGUGUAGCAACCGAAAAAAUCAAUCCAAAUAACAAGAGAGAAAGACACAUGUAUGCCUAUAGAGAGAGAAGUGAUGAGAAAACAUUUUCUCUGCAAAAACCCCAAACCCGGAUACUCCCUCUCUCUCUCUGUAACACCACCAACCGCGGCCGUCAAGAUACCUUGCUACCACAGUACACCACCAUGCAUCCACCAUAUAACCUGUUUUCAUCGGUUAACCCCACCUCAAACCCCACGAUCUCUGCGAAGUUGUUGGAAACAGUUUUAGCGGCGCUUAGUGGUAAAAAGCACUUAAAAAGUAGCCACGUUGUUCUUCCAACCAUCAUAUGUGUAGCCUUUGCCAGAUCGGCGGCGGCGAAGGCUAAAGACCGACGGGGACCACUCACUUUGAGCAAUGACCACAACAACGUGCUCUCUCUCUCUCCACAACACCAUCGUGAAACCUGUGGAACCGUCGGUGGCGUCUGCGGUAGCUGGACGGUUUCGAAAAAAAUGCGAGAAGAAGAGAGCGACGCGUGGAGGGAAAAUAGAAGGGAAAAAUAG